AUGUUUCUACUUUUAUCGUUUCGUACUCUAAGUACCGCGGCUAAAGGGGCAGAAGCAGGCGUAUCCAAAGCAAAACUGAUCAAGCGACUGAAUUACGAGAACAAAGCUCUGUUUGGUGCGGUGAAAAAAGUAAAGGGAAAGCAGCCGGCAGAGCCGCAAAAGGAUAGCAAAGAGCCCCCAAAGAACGAAACCGAACUCUCCUCCGAAAUUUACUGGCAAACACGGAGUGUCGGUCGAAUUGGAGCGGAAAAGUAUGCUGUCCCAGCGAAGCCAGUACCAGCGCUGGUCCAGAAUCCGGAACCGGAGCUUAAGCCUGACCUGUUAACACCUUUCACGCAGCAAGAGCUAAGUUGGAUAACUAAGUUUCCUCUGCUACCAAGUCCGGCCGGCAUUUUGGAGCAAAAGUGGCUGUUGCACCAGCAAUACGAAAGUGCGGGGUACAAAGCACCCUCCGUUGGCCGUGUGCUGGCAGCCACCAUGCCGGAAGCAUCGCGCCAAGCGUUGCUGCGAUGGAAAGCAUCGAAAAUAGUCGAGCUAGGCGAGGAAGGUUUUCAGCAGUUGCAGAAAGAAACGUUCGAGCGAGGCAGCAAUCUGCAUUCGGCCCUAGAGCUGUGGUUGGCCGGCAAUGAUCCACCGGAAGCGGUCACCGAAAAGACAAGCUUACUUUGGAAAAGUGUAGAAAAAGCGUUGAGUGUGGUUGAAAGACCGGCAAAAGUAAUUGAAAAGAAGUUGUACCAUCCCUACCUGCAUUACAGCGGUGUGGUGGACUGCAUAACUUCGAUCAAGGACCAAUACCAUGUUAUCGAAUGGAAAACUUCGGAUAAACCGAAAGCCACAGUUGGGGCCACGUAUGACGCCCCGAUCCAGUUAUGCGCAUAUUUGGGCGCCCUCCAGGCCAGUGGUGAGCUACGAGAUACUGAGGUGCAGAACGGAGCAAUAUUUGUAGCGUAUACCGGUGGAAGUCCAGCGGAUGUUCAUCUCCUGGAUGCUGUUAACAUGCGGCGCUAUUGGAAUAUGUGGCUACAUCGCUUGCAGGAUUACUGGGUUCGGUAUCGUGAUGGUACUCUGCCUGAUCCUAUUUAA